GAUUGAUUACUUCGUUAAAAGAAUUUUUCAUAUGUCACUGACUAUCAAAUAUAGGGAAAAUGUAAUACAGUGCAUUCAUACUUCCUUUUUUAAUUACUUAACUACUAUUAAAGAUAUUGGUUAGUGUUUCCCAAUAAAAUGAGUAUAUUUUUCUAGUACGUGUCUCUUCUAAUACUUCUUUAUGCAAAUAAGUCAUAGAUUAUUAGAUUCCUUUUUUCGUUUUAUUUUCUCUUGUUUAUCUUAAGCAUACGCUAGUGUCUUUCCACAGCUGCAACGUGUCGCGUCAUAUUGAACCAAACAACACAGUUUUUCAUCUUAUGGAUUACUUUAAUAGAGUUGAGCAAUCAAUAAUUUAUUCAUCAUCAACAUCAUCAUCAUCAACCACCACAUGAUUCUCUCUUUCUCUCCCACACACAGUCACAGACUGAACACAAAUAGUCAUCACUGAUCACCACCACCACCUCAACUUAACAUGUCAUCGCAGGGUUACCUUCGCAGGAUUGGCUUCACCAGGAAGAGAGAAAGGCUUAUCAAUCCUAUGGACCGAGCCUCACCACUGCCGUCAACCUCGGUUCAGAACCAAACCGUAUCAGAGUCACUUCCUCUGCCCUUCCUACCUAAUGAGCUCGUUGUUGAAAUUCUCUCUAGACUUCCAGUAAAGUCUUUGUUGCAGUUCAGGUGUGUUUGCAAGUCAUGGAUGUCCCUUAUUUCUGAUCCUUAUUUCAUGAAAAAGCACCUUCACCUGUCAACACGAAGUACCCACUUCACCCAUCACAGGAUCAUACUGAGUGCCACAACAGCAGAGUUUCACCUUAAAUCAUGUUAUGUGAGUUCCUUGUUCAAUAGCCCUUCAACAGUUUGUGAUGACCUUAACUAUCCUGUGAAGAACAAGUUUCGUCAUGAUGGGAUUAUUGGAUCUUGUAAUGGAUUGUUAUGUUUUGCCAUAAAGGGCGACUGUGUGCUUCUUUGGAACCCCUCUAUGAGAGCCUCCAAGAAAUCACCACCUUUGGGUAAUAAUUGGAGACCAGGGUGUUUCACAGCCUUUGGCCUUGGUUACGAUCAUGUCACUGAGGAUUACAAGGUGGUUGCUGUGUUUUGUGAUCCUAAUGAGAUUUAUAGUGAGUGUAAAGUGAAGGUGUAUAGCAUGGCCACCAACUCUUGGAGGAAGAUUCAGGAUUUCCCUCAUGGUUUCUUACCCUAUCAAAAUUCAGGAAAGUUUGUUAGUGGCACACUCAAUUGGGCUGCCAAUCACCCUGUUGGUUCAACUUCUUUGUGGGUUAUUGUUUCCUUGGAUCUGCAUAAGGAAACAUAUAGGGAAGUUCUGCCACCUGAUUAUGAAAAGGAAGACUGUUCCACUCCUACUUUGGGUGUUUUGCAAGAAUGUCUGUGCAUGAAUUAUGAUUACAAGAAAACUCAUUUUGUUGUGUGGAUGAUGAAAGAUUACGGGAUAAGAGAGUCUUGGUUUAAGUUGGUAAGCAUUCCUUAUUUGCCAAAUCCUGAAGAUUUUUCCUAUUCAGGACCUUAUUACGUUUCAGAGAAUGGUGAAGUGCUGUUGAUGUUUGAGUUUGAUUUGAUCCUCUAUGAUCCAAGAGAUAACUCUUUUAAGUACCCUAGGAUUGAGAGUGGAAAGGGCUGGUUUGAUGCAGAGGUUUAUGUUGAAACUCUGGUUUCGCCAAUGAAGCAUUGAAGUGGAUGUGUCAGGCAAAGCAAGCUUAAGGAAAAAUAAAAUCUGUAAAUUAUUUCAAGUUCAUGUGAUCUUAUCUUGGUAAAUGUUUUUGGCAUUAUAUGUGUAAUAUGUAUAUGCAGAAUUGUAUAAAUGUCCUUAAUAUUUUAAGCUAAGUGUUCUUAUACCAUGUAUCCAUCACUGAUGGAAAGUCCUGCUUCACUUAUUUGUUAGUAAAUGGAAAUUGGUAUAUGCUUUCUUGUUUA